CGGGAGCCUGGGCUUCCAACGGGCCACUGGGGGGACAGAGUCCACGGUCGCGGUCUCUGGAGCGGCCUCGAGGCGUCCCAAUGUCCGCGUCAGGGCGGCCAGCCCUGCCCACCCUGCUGCUAGCCGUGGCCGUGUCUUCUUUCCGCUCGGCCACAUCCGGAGACGAAGCACGAAACCGGCUGUUGAUGAGAGAGAAGAUGAUGCGGAUCGGGGGGCAGCUGGUGCUGAAGCAGGAGGAGGAGCUGGCCAACCAGAGGCUCGGGGCCCUCAAGGAGGCCGAGAUGCAGGAGGCCCUGAGGACGGGGAGUAUCCCACCCAGCAUGCACUUCUUCCAAGCCAAGAGCCUCAUUGAGAAAAGUGCGGUGUUCAACAUCCUGAAGAAGAUGCCAAAAGGGGCUGCCUUACACGUCCACGACUUCAGCAUCGCCAACACGGACUGGCUGGUGAGAAACGUCACCUACAGGCCCCACUGCUAUUUCUGCCUCACCCCGAGGGGGACCCCGCAGUUCAGAUUUGCUCGCUCGACUCCCCCCACCCUGAACACAACAGAAUGUCCCCAGUGGGUUUUGCUGGAGAAGUUUCGAAAGGGGCUGCCGAACAUCACCGAGUUUGACCACAGCCUGCUGAGGAAUUUCACUCUGAUGACCGAGAACCCCCAGGCGACUUAUGCAAACCAAGACGUGGUCUGGGCCAAGUUUGAGACCAUCUUCUUCGCGAUCGCGGGCCUCGUGAGCUACGCCCCGGUAUUCCGAGACUACAUCUCCCAGGGCCUGGAGGAGUUCUACCAGGACAAUGUGCUCUACCUGGAGCUCAGAGCCAUGCUGUACCCGGUGUAUGAACUGAACGGGACGGUCUACAGCCCAGAGUGGUCGGUGAGGUUGUAUGAAGAAGUGGCUCGUAAUUUUGCAAAAGAGCAUCCUGGGUUUAUUGGAAUCAAACUCAUUUAUUCGGAUCACAGGUCCAAAGAUGCGUCCGCCAUCACGAAAUCCAUCCAGACAGCCAUGGAACUUCGAGCCAAGUUCCCCGGGAUGGUGGUGGGGUUUGACCUGGUGGGGCGAGAGGACACGGGCCACUCCCUGUAUGACUACAAGGAGGUUUUGAUGAUUCCAGCCUCGCGGGGUAUUAAGCUGCCUUACUUCUUCCACGCCGGAGAGACAGACUGGCAGGGUACUUCCGCAGACAGAAACGUUCUGGAUGCCCUGUUACUGAACUCGACCAGGAUUGGCCAUGGGUUUGCUUUGAGCAAACACCCGGCCGUCUGGGCUGAGGCUUGGAAGAAGGACAUCCCCAUCGAAGUCUGUCCCAUCUCCAACCAGGUUCUGAAGCUGGUGUCUGACCUGAGAAACCACCCUGCAGCCGUGCUGAUGGCCACUGGGUACCCCAUGGUCAUCAGCUCUGAUGACCCUGCUACUUUUGGAGCCAAAGGCUUGUCCUAUGAUUUCUACGAGGCCUUCAUGGGCAUCGGGGGGAUGACGGCCGACCUGAGGACCCUCAAACAGCUGGCCAUGAACUCCAUCAGGUACAGCACCCUGUCGGAGACGGAGAAGAAGUUUGCCAUGGCAACCUGGGAGGAGAGGUGGCAGAAGUUUGUGGUUGAGCUGGCAAGGGGCCCCAAGUGAGGAGACGGCCGUCUGUCACCCGCUGCCUCUGCUUCCCUCCGCCCCGGCCUCACCUUCUCUCAGCCGGUCUGGAACCCAGGGAAGUCACCUCCGUCUCUUUACCAGAACGACCUGCGAAGGUCACCCUCAGCCUCCACCUUGCCCAGUCUCUCAGAGCCCUCAUCAGUGGACCCCACUCACCUCGUGGAAUGUCCUCCCUCGGCCUUGGUGACACAACCCGUCCGGGUUCCUGCUUCCCUCCGGCCGCAGCUCCCGGGCCCCCGUCCCCAAGCUCCUCUCGGCCUGAUCUCGGGUGGGCGUCCCUCAGCUCAGCCCUGCGCUUUUGCCUCGGCUUCUUUCCUCCCCUUUCCGCACUCUUCUCCUGGGUGGUCUCGUCCACUCCUUCCCUUUAGAAACCACGUACUUGUUGCUGAUUCCCAAACCUGUUGAUGAUUCCCAAACCUGGGAUACACUCGAUGGCCCCCAGGAGCCUCGGAGACCAGCUCCGAGCAACGCUUCCCUCCCAGCCGUCUCGGUGGCUGGCGUCUCCGUCCACGCGGCGCAGCGGUGGUCAGAGGAGUCCGUGCUGCUCCUGGUCGCCCCCCCUCCCCUCCACCACUGCUGCCUGGCCUCCAGCCGCUGUAUCCACUCUGGCCCGACUCCCAACAGUCCCUAGCUGCUCUCCCCCUUCUCUUUGCCCUUUCCAGCUCCUUCUCCCCGGAGCAAUGACUGUUUAAAGUUAAAUUAGGGGCUUCCCUGGUGGCACAGUGGUUGAGAAUCUGCCUGCCAAUGCAGGGGACACAGGUUCGAGCUCUGGUCUGGGGAGAUCCCACAUGCCGCAGAGCAACUAGGCCCGUGAGCCACAACUACUGAGCCUGCGCUCUAGGCCCUGUGAGUCACAACUACUGAGCCCGUGAGUCACAACUACUGAGGCCCGCGCGCCUAGAGCCCGUGCUCCACAGCAAGAGAAGCCACCGCAAUGAGAAGCCCACGCACUGCAACGAAGAGUAGCCCCCUCUCGCCGCAACUAGAGAAAGCCCGUGCACAGCAAUGAAGACCCAACACAGCCAAAAAUAAAUAAAAUAAAUAAACAAAUUUAUUUUUUAAAAAAAAGUUAAAUUAAACCAGGGUCCUCCACUGUGACAAGUCUGUGCACUUAGGAAACUCCUGUCCUCACCGGGCACGUAGCAUCCUGUGACCCGGGGCCCCUCCCACUCCAUCCCGCCCCGCACGGGACUCCAGCCUCGGUGUCCCGAGCUCUGCCCGCCCCAGGGCCCCCCUGGAUCUCUCUGCCGGGAAUGCUCCCUCUCCCACUUGUGUCUGACUCUUGUCACCCUCGGGCUCCGUUUCAUGUCCUUGUUUCAGAAAGGCUUCUCCCUCGGGGCACCUUGCUCUUCCCUCCCACCCCACCGUGAUGUGUAAUGACCAUGUAUUCAGUUCUGCGGGGCCGCCCUCCCCCACGCCGUCCUCUCCCCGUGGACAGGCACGAAUGACCGGUUCACGUCCACCGUGAG